AUGAGCGCCGCUACCAGGUUACACGUGAGCGGUCUGCCGCGCGAUCUGCUGGACGACGAUCUCUGCGCGAGGUUCACCCCGUUCGGCGCGGUGUCGGACCUGGAGGUGUGCAGGGAGAAGGAGAACUCCCCAUUCUUCGCGGACGGCCGAACCGAUGAUCUCGCGCCCUCUGUCCGAGGCGGCCGAGGGGGUCGCGGCGGCGCGGGCGGUCGGGGUAAGAAGAAAGGCCGCGGUGGCGACAGACUCCCGCCGUCGCGGCCGCCGCCGUGCCGCGGCUACGCCUUCGUCACCGUGGCCUUCCCCGACGACCACGCGCUCCGCCGAUGCCUCAACGCGUACAACGGCACCAAGUGGAAAGGCGGUACCAUCCACGUCCACCCCGCGAAGCCGAAGUUCGACGAGCGACUCCGCAUGGAACGCGAGGGGAUCCACCCGGGACGUCCGGGGAUGCGCGCGGAGGUUGACGACGACGAGGCCCUUCGCGGCGACGACGUAAAUUCCGACGUAAAUUCCGACGACGAGACGCGGCGUUUGGCGAACGACGGGAGCGACGAGCGCCAGCCGCUGAGGCCGGGCGACCUUCUGGAGAUCGACGGCCGCGUCAGAAACUCCAAGGUUAUCGUGACGUACGCGACGGGGGCGACGACGCACGUCAAAGGCGAGGGUUCGUUUGAAGACGACGCUUCGAACGUACCGGCCACCCCGGACUGGACGCCGUUCCCAGAUGACGCGUCGAACCGAACGCUUCGCAAACUGUGCCAGCUGCCGGGGCUAAGUCCAGCUGUGGGGACUGUGGCGGGGGGAGGACGAUGCCGACGAGACGACGACGACGAGACGGAGAUCAUCCGCGACGAGGAGGAGGAGGAGGAGGGGGAGGAGGAGGAGGAGGACGGCACGGCUGGCGACGGCGCCACGGGUAGGGACGGUUGGGGACGUCGCGGCGAGCCAGCCGGCGACACAGCGGAUAGGUUCAACCUACCUCGAGAGUUCUUCAACUCGGACGUCGCGGCGGCACGCGCGGCGAGGAGCGCGGCCGGCGGCGGCGACGACACGGGCGGACGCGCGGGGUCGAAGAGCAAGCGAAGGAAAAAAGAUACGGUGGAGAUGCGCGCGCUGGCGGCGUUCCUCGGCAGCGACAGCGACGACGGCGACGAGACGGAAGGGGCGGACGGGGCGACACGGCUGGUGGCGGAGGCGACGCGACCGGCGGCCGAACCGGUUCCGGCGAAGAAGCCGACGAGGGAUGGCGCGCCAUCCAAACCCGCGGCGACGCGACUGGCGGAGCCGGAGGAGGGCGGGAUUCCGAUGGCGAAGGCGGGGUCCUGGUGGUGGGAGAGCGGAUCCGCCGCCCCGGGAGGCGCGGGAACGGGGACGGGGACGGGGACGGUGACGGUGACGGGGACGGGCGGCGGUCUCGCCAAGGACUUCUUUGCGACACAGCCGGCGGCUCCGGCGAGGGACUUUUUCCGCGCGGUGGGCGCGGCGCCAUUUGCGCCCCGGUCCAAGUCCUCGGCGCUUGAUGCCGCGGACGACGACGAGGCGGAGGACGGAGAGGAGAGCGACGGGGACGUUGAGAUCGACGUGGACUCCGACGCGUUCUCCGAGGACGACGAGAGCGCCGAACCGUCCGACGACGACGACGACGGGGAGGAAGAGGAGGAGGAGGAGGAGGAGGAGGAUGGCUCGGAGGGCGCCUCUUCCGACGACGACGACGACGACGACGACGAGGGGGAGUUCGAGGACGAGUCGAGCGGCUCGGAGGACGGCGAGGGUGACAGCGACAGCGGGGACCUCGGCGUGGUGGACUUCGACUGA